CACGUAUUCUUCAACUCCUCUCUUUACAGCAUACUCAUAAAUAACACAACUCUUCAUCACUUGAUCAAAUGUCACAUAAUUAGAGACACUAAUUACUGCUAUAAGAGUGUCAUUGGAUGGCUAAUCCUUACACUGCAGUUCUUAAACUCACUUUCAUCUUCCUUGUCAUUGCAUCCGCACCAGAACUUGGUGGAAGCAGUAAAUCAGUGACCAUAGUGAAUUACUGCAAGGAAACAGUAUGGCCAGGGAUUACACCAAGUGAGAACUUUAGUGGUGAUGGCUUCACACUGAAACCAGGGCAAUCAGCAGUGUACACUGCACCGGCCGGAUGGAGUGGCAGGAUAUGGGCAAGAACAGGAUGUGAUUUCGACAAGAACGGCAAUGGUGAUUGCCAAACAGGUGGCUGCGGCGGCAAUAUAAACUGCACCGGCCCAGGAACCCCACCUUCCACCAUAGCAGAGUUCACACUCGGUGAUGGUAAACCUGAUUUCUAUGAUGUUAGCCUUGUUGACGGCUUCAACUUGCCCAUUGCAGUGAAAGCUGUGAAUGGCUCUGGGAAUUGCAGCACUGCUGGCUGCGACGGCGACUUGAGGAAUAACUGUCCUUCGCAGCUGACGGUGAAGAAAAACGACAAAGUCAUUGCUUGUAGGAGCGCCUGUGAUGUCUUCAACACUGAUGAGUAUUGCUGCAGAGGCAUAUAUGAGGACCCUGCUAUGUGUUCUUCUUCAAACUACUCCAAGAUUUUCAAACAAGUGUGCCCUGUAGCUUAUAGUUUUGCACGUGAUGACCCAACCAGUGUUAUGACAUGCACUGGAGCAGAUUUCAUUGUCACAUUCUGUGGAUCAAGGAAUCAAACCGUGUGUUCUUAUCAUGGCAAGCAGCUUUUAUGCAAUGGCUCAAAUUCAAAAGGCUUUAAGACAAAACCAGAUUGGUGGUGGGUCUUCUUGCUCCUAGUGGCAUAUGUGUCCAAGUUAUGCUUAUCUUAGCGAAUGGAUAAAAAGGUCAUGCAGUAAUUUAUGUGGCACAUAUGAUUAUAACAACAACAUAACCUUUUCACCGGUUGGAAUUG